AUGAACAUGGCUAUGCUUUCAUUUUUCCAAAUUUCCAUUUCCCUACUCCUUUGCACCCAGACCACGAUCUCCACAGAGGCAUUUGCCGCCGAUCCAAAUGACACCACCAAAACAAACAACAGGUGUAGGGCUCACGAGCGAUCAGCUCUUCUCGCCUUCAGAGCAGGCCUAUCAGACCCAUCCAACCGCCUCUCAUCAUGGGAGGGCGUCGACUGCUGCCAAUGGCAUGGUGUCCGCUGCAGCAACAGAACCGGCCAUGUGAUUGGCAUUGAUCUAGGAGAUGGUGGCUGCGACCUGUUCGGGGUCCCGGGCAUGCAAGCACUUGGGGGCAACAUCAGCUCCUCACUGGCUGGCUUGCGUUAUCUGCAGCACCUCGACCUCAGCUGCAACAAGUUCGACAAUCCACGAAUUCCGGGGUUCCUGGGCUCUCUACACGAGUUGAGAUAUCUCGACCUGUCGCAGUCGAGCUUCACUGGAAGGAUACCACCGCAACUGGGUAACCUCUCCCACUUGCAUCACUUGAGUCUUGCUUCCGAUUCUUUUGUCAUGAUCGAACCGCAGCCUAGUAGCAUGCUCUACACGGAUGACAUCACCUGGCUGUCACGGUUAUCUUCCCUGGAGUACCUCAACAUGGAAGCCGUGAACCUCAGCACCGCUGCCAACUGGGUUCCCGUUGUAAACAUGCUUUCAUCUCUUAAAUUUCUACGUCUUGCCAGAUGCCAGCUUCCUGGAAGCCGUUAUUCUUCUCUACAUUCAAAUCUGACAUCUCUCGAGACUCUUGAUAUUUCGGAGAACCACCUACACGAGCCCAUCGCACCCAACUGGUUUUGGGAUUUGUCCAAUCUUAAAGAUCUUUAUGCCUCAAUGAAUCAUUUCUACGGCACAAUUCCUUACGAGCUAGGGAAUAUGACAUCCAUAGUUUGGCUUGAUUUAGGAUUAAAUAACCUUGUGGGCAUGAUACCUCCAACCCUGAAGAAUCUUUGUAACUUGGAAGGAUUAAGUUUGGAUCAGAAUAAUAUCAGUGGGACAUUAACAGAAUUCUGCCAACAUUUACCUAGUUGUUCAAGGGGUAAACCAAAAACCUUGUUUCCACCUUAUAGCAAUGCAACAAGAAGCCAGCCAGCCAAACUAUCAGAACCCUUGAGCAAUCUGACAUUGCUUGACCUUGCUUUCAAUGAGCUAAGAGGUGCAGUCCCACCAUGGAUAGGAGAAUUCACAAAGCUAGAGAUAUUGGACCUCAGGUUCAACAGUCUUCACGGUGUAAUGCAUCAAGGCCAUCUAUCAGGCUUAAAAAGAUUAAAAGACCUUAGGCUGUCUGGUAACUCUAUCGCAAUCACUGUAAAUUCAAGUUGGGUCCCUCCCUUCAACUUAGAAGAAGUCGAGCUUGCAUCAUGCCAACUAGGGCCCAAAUUCCCGGCAUGGCUUAGAUGGCAGACCAAUGUAGACUAUCUUGAUCUGUCAAAUACAAGCAUAUCUGACAGCCUACCGGAUUGGUUUUGGGAAGUAUUUUCUUCAGUACUGGAUCUAAACAUGCGGAACAAUCAGAUCACGGGAGUCCUGCCACCUACAAUGGAAUCUAUGGCAAUAGAAGCGUUGGUCCUCGGAUCUAAUCAAUUCAGUGGCCCCAUACCUAACCUUCCCACUAAUCUGUAUAUCUUGGAUCUUAGUAGAAAUAAUAUAUCUGGGCCAAUACAUGUAAACUUUGGAGAUUUGUUGGGCCUUGAAAUGAUUCUUCUAUUUGACAAUGCGAUCUCCGGCAGGAUUCCAUCUUCUUUGUGCAAUUUGUCAUCAUUGCGUUUAUUGGAUCUGUCCGAAAAUGAGCUCACCGGACCAAGUCCCGACUGCGUAUUCAAUGCAUCUCAAGGAAGACUUCAGAGUUUGAGCUUAAGAAAUAACAAAUUGUCUGGUGAAUUUCCUUCAUUUCUCCGAAGCUGCCAGUACCUCAGCUUUCUUGAUCUCACAGAAAAUCAGUUUCAUGGGACUCUGCCACCAUGGAUAGGGGAAGAGCUUCCCUCUUUGGUAUUCCUCCGGUUGCGAUCUAAUAUGUUUAAUGGUGAUAUCCCUGUGGAUCUAAUAACAAAGCUAGAUAACCUCCAAUAUUUGGACCUUGCCUACAACAGAUUAUCAGGGAACAUGCCUCAUUCCAUAGUUAAUCUCAAAGGCAUGACACAAACUCCAAAUAGUCUUGAUUCUGGUAUAUUCUUUUCUUUGGGUUCUGAGUACAUCUCUCUCGUUGACUAUACUGAGAACAUCACAAUAGUCACAAAAGGCCAAGAACGAUUAUAUACGGGAGAAAUAGUAUUCAUGGUGAAUAUGGAUUUAUCAUGCAACAAUCUUACCGGAAAUAUUCCUGAAGAAAUUGGUACUCUUAUUGCAUUGACGAGCUUGAACUUGUCAUCGAAUGCCUUCAGCGGAGAAAUUCCUGAAACGAUUGGAGCCCUAGUGCAAGUGGAGUCUCUGGACCUCUCACAUAAUGAGCUAUCAGGUGAAAUCCCUACAAGCUUGUCAGCUCUUAGAUCUUUGAGCCAUUUGAACCUGUCAUAUAACAAUCUAACAGGAAAGAUACCAUCUGGGAAUCAACUGCAAGUGCUCGAUGACCUGGCCACCGUCUAUAUUGGCAACCCUGGUCUUUGCGGUGAUCCUCUCUCCAAGAAAUGUCCAGAAGAUGGUUUACCGGAUGAUACUUUAAAAGACCACCAACAUAGAAGCGAUGAUGUUUUCCUUUUUGUCGCCAUAGGUUCUGGAUUCGUGAUGGGUAUCAUGGCAGUCUUCUACGUAUUCUUGUUCAAGACAAACUGGAGAGUUCUUUGCUUCGCGUUCUACGACAGAUUGUAUGAUGAAAUUUAUGUGCAAGUGGUUGUUAGUUUCAAUUUGUUGAUGAGAUCAAUUGGUAGGAGCUGA